AUGGUGGCCAACGGUCACCCGGACCGCUUCCCCACGCGCCGCGAGCUGCUCGCCGCCGGCCGGCACGACCUCGUGGCGGCGUGCCUGGCGGACGGCGGUUGGCUCAGCGCCGGCUGGGACGUGGGGGACGCGGGGGACGCGGGGACGGCGGAUGCGGGGACCGGGGAUGGGGUAAAGGGGGAUGCGCAGAAGGGGAAUACAGGGAAGGGGAAUGCGGGAGAAAAUGCAAGUGGAUGGGGGAUAACAGAGGCUAGUGGAAGACGUGGGAAUGGCAGGGAGGGUCAACCGGGAGCUGAUAGUAGAGGGAAGGGUUGGGCAGAAGGGGGAAGCGGGGAAGAGGGUGCCACGCCAAGAGGGGUUGGAGGAGGAAUGGGGUUCACCCCCGCCGCUGCCCCUCCCUUCUCCUCGCGUAAUUCGUUUCCAGAGCCUCUAUCCUGGGCGCUCGAGGCUUCUCACGAGGACGCGUCCUCUUCGUCAGAGGAGGAAGAAGUAUUGUCAGCUGGGGAGGGCUGGUCAGAGGGGGAGGGGGGAAGCAGCAGCGAGUGGGAGGAAUUCUCGUCGUCAUCAGAGGAUGAUUCCGGUUCAGACGAGGGCAGAGGUUCCACCGCACAGAGGGAAGGAGGCUUAGCGUCAGGCCCAGCGUCAGGCUUGCCCUCAGCGUCAGGCUUGCCCUCAGGGUCAGGCACAGGGUCAGGCUCAGAUGGGGAAGCGAGGGCGUUUACAAGCGGAGAGGGGAGCGCGUCUGAAAGCGGGGGAACGAGCACCUCAGGGUCGGACGGCGAGGGGAAGGUGUCUUCAAGUGUGGUGCAGGGCGCGCAGAUGCGCCUAGCGCCAACAAUCUCCGGUGCAAGCCCUCUGGGCAGUUCCGGUGCAAGCCCUCUGGGCAAUUCCGGUGCAAGCCCUCUGGGCAGUUCCGGUGCAGGGGCUCUGGGUUAUGCCGCUGCCGGCUCUCCCGUUGACCCUGGUGCAAGCGUGCCAAGCAGUGCGCGUGGGGGGCAGGAGAGGGGGUACGGGGUUCAGGGGAGCAAGCGUGGGGGCGAUGGGAGCAGGCAGCAGGACAGGGUGCGGGGCGGGGAGGAGAGUGGGAGCGAGAGUGAGGGCGUGAGUGAUGGUGAGGGUAGUGGAGGCGAGGAAGGGGAGGGGAGGGGUGGGAGGGAGAAGGGUGCUAGUGACCGGGGGGCAAGCAGGGCGCGGAGGGGGGGUGGGAGGAGGGGCCCUGCUGCACUGCGGCAGCAGCUGCAGGCGUUCUCAGCGGCAGCGGGGCAGGCAGGCAUCAUGCCGACACAGGAGCAGCUGAGACAAGCGGGGCGGGGGGACCUGGCAGCCGCACUCAGGCAACUGGCGAGGGAGCAGGCGGGGGGAGGGGCAUGGCGGGACGGGGAGGGGCGUGCAAAGGAGGGAGAGGAGGGGGUGCAAUGGUGGCGGAAGGGGGCGGAGGAGACGGCGGUUAUGGGGAUGGGGCCAGGGCAGGAAAUGCAGGGGAUUGAGGGGAUGGGGGGCAUGGGGAGAGUGGGCGGAGGAGGGAGGGGUGAGGCAGUACCAGCAGCAGGGCAGAGAGCAACACAGGGCGCAGGAGGGGGAGAAGGGGGAGGUGGGGAUGCGGUGGGGAGGGGCAUGGGGUGGAGUGCGGUGGCGAGGCUGAUGGGGCUGGGCAGGCGGAGGAGGGGGCGGGCAGCAGGGGGGGCGGAGGGGAAGGGAGGGGGAGCGGAUGAGGGCGAGGGUGGUAGUGAGGGGGGCGGUGUGGCAGGAGCUGUACCGGAGGAGUCAGUGGUUAUGAGCAGUCCUGUUAAGCCGCGGAGGCCAGUUGGUCGCCCUAGAAAGAACCCUCCAGCAAACCAGGGGCGAGCAGAGGAGGCAGGGAGGGGAGCAGUACAGGAGCCUGGUGUGGGGCUAAGCAUUGGAGGAGGGGGCGUUGAGGGGGCCACGGGGAAGGACGAGGGGGAGAAGGGGAGCAGAGAGGAGGCAGAGGAGGAGGAGAAGAGGAGGAGAGUGGGUGAUGGGGGUGUGGGGGUAGGGAGUGUGUUGGAAGGGAGAGUGGGGGAGGGGAGUGUGGGAGAGGGGAGGGUGGGGGGAGCGAGGGUGAUCGAGGGGAGUGUGGGGAAUUUGGACGGCUUUGAUGCAGCACUGAGUGCCAGCCUGGCGAAUCUGAUGGCGUUCAGAAAGAGGCUGGAGGGGUUGGAGGCUGGUGCUGGCAGCAUAGCUGCUGUUGCAGGGACUGGUGCAGGGACUGGUGCAGGGGCAGGCACAGCUGCAGGGAUUGCUUCAGGGACAGCUGUAGGGACAGCUGCGGGGACUGGUGCAGCUCAAGAGCCCUCACAGGACCAGAUAACGCCUCCCUCUCCCCAAGCUGAGAUAGCGCCUUCUUCUCCUCAAUCCCAGAUAACACCUCCCCCACCUCUUCCCCAGAUAGCAGUUGGUGCUCAAGACGAGGUGGCACCUUCCCCAGAUGGACCUGGCGUGAGGAAGAGGAGGCGGAGGGUGGGAAGGAAAGGGAGCGAGGGUGAGGUGGGGAGGAGAGGCAGUGCAGGGAUGGGUGCUGAUGGGGCUAAUGCACCCACUGCUGAUUCUUUCACUGGGACUGGCGCUGCUGCUAGUGUGGGUACUGAUGCUGUUGGCGGUGGGUCUGCUGCUGUUGAUCUUCCAGGGGUUGGUACUGAUGAUGAGGAUGCGUCUGCUUCAGCUGCAGCCGUGCUGUCACGGCUUGUGGGUGCGUUCCCCCCAUCCCCAUCCGCUUCCUCCUCGGCUCGCGGCUCCGCCUCUUCUGCUGUAGAGGCGCCAGGAACCACAGCGGGGGCGGCAGCAGAAGAAGACGCAGCACGUGAGGCACCAGCACCACCCCCUCCAGCAGCAGCAGCAGCGGCAGAUGCAGACAAGACAGGGCGUUCACCAACAGACUCGCAACGGCCAUCAGAAAACAGACCACAGAGCAAGGAACCUUCCUCACCUCCAGUGCGCAAGUUCCGGUUACCACCUCCCCCUGCUUCGCCAGUUGAGCCUCCCCCAGCUGCUGCCUUCCUCAGGCGCGACCCGGAUGAGCUGGCAGGCGUGACGGGGCGCAUCCGAUCUCUCGAGCAAUCGCUGGCUGCCACGCGUGCGGCGCUGAGGCAGGGGAGGGAGGCGCUGAGUCGGCGAGAUGCUGAGCUGGAACAGGUCAGUGCUGAGGUGGACGAUAUGCUCAGCCGCACAUUGGGCGAGCUGCUGCGGCUGACAGACUCACUAGAGUUCAGAGAGAGUGAGAUGCGCAGUCGCACAAUGGGCGAGCUGCUGCGGCUGACAGACUCACUAGAGUUCCGAGAGAGUGAGAUGCUGCGCACGCGAGCCGAGCUGCGCUCCACGCGUGCCGAGGGGGCUGAGAUGGAGAGUGAGAUGGUGCACAUGCGAGCAGAGCUGUGGUCCACGCGCGCCGAGGUGUCUGCUCUCGAAGGCAUAUUCGCUGCGGAGUUCAGGGAGACAAGGUGCGUGUUGGAGGAGAAGGAUCAGCAGCUGGGGGAGCUGCAGGUGGUGCAUGUGCAGCUGACGCCCACUCGAGUGGGAGACGAGGCGCGUGUUGGAGGAGAAGGAUCAGCAGCUGGGGGAGCUGCAGGUGGCAUACGUGCAGCUGAGGCCCACUCGGGUAGUGUGGCCCAACCCCGGGAAUGA